GCUGCCUGUGCUGGGGCUGGUGAGGGGUAUUGGGGCCAGGGGAGGCAUUGCCAGCCCCUGCCAACCUCUUCCAGCCUCGUGUUAAAUAAGUGACAGUCCUUAACUCCCUUGGGAUGUCGGCAUCAUGGACACACUUGGAGUUCUGGUAAACUCCGGGGACGUGGAUCCCUCUGGAGUGCAGACUGUUGCAAUCCCCGCCCCGGCCUCCAGAGCAGACAGGGAGGUGUUUGCCAGCAGCCACUGCGGAUUUACAGCUCACUGGAAAAUCCACUCAUCCCAUUAAGGGCCCCCUGUGGCUUUUGCUUUCCAUAACAAAUCCGUGUUUUUCCCAAGGGAAACCCCCUUUGGGUUCCAGUGGGUGUGAGGAGCUCUCGGGGCAAACCCUGCAGAAGAGUCCAGGCUGCAAGAGUGGCUCCAUUUAUUACAGGAUGGAUUAGGGGAGACCCAUCUGGCCAGCCCUGCCAGCAGCUGCCUCACCAGGAUGAAGGGGACAGCCAAUGUCAACUCCACUGGCCGCAGCCACUACCAGUCUGCUAUCCCAGUGCCCCGUGCCAUGGCCCACGGCAAACUGCACACCACAGACCUCCUGAGCACCCCGGGGUCCCCUGUCCUCCACAGGGCUCCAUCCCCUCGGCCAGGGAAGGUGCCAGGCCCCAGUUCCAAGAUUCUCAAGCCCAAAGUUACUGGCAAAGCUGCUGGCCAUGAACCGGCCGAGGCCAGGGAGGGAAGCCCCAGUGUCCCUGCUCAUGGUGGGCAGAAAGCCCCAUCAAGACCCCUGGUGUCCCCUGGGAAAUGGCCAGAGGCAGCUGGCAGUGGGAGGAGAGGGGCAGGCAGGGUGGGGGAGCCCACUGAGUUGCACAAAGCUCCCCUAGCACAGGGCAGGAGUGGGGGGCGGCUGGGAGGGUCCCCUGGGAGGGGCAGUGGAACAGCCAUAGCAGGGACAGGGGAUGAGUGUCACGGUGACUCACAGGGGAGAGGCCCCGUAUUUGGGUCAGGGGCCAUCACUUUCUCUUCAGGGCCCCCACACAGCCACCCCAUCACUGCCACUGUGGCACCCUUCCAGUACCGGCUGCAGGAGGACCAGGAGCAUGAGAGGGCCACGUCCCCCGGUGAUGAGUGCUCCGGUCCUGAGAAGGGAUCUGACCCUGACCCCAAGCCCAGAGGCCUGACAACAGCAGCAGCGCCCAGCGGGUUAAAUGGUCGCAGCGCGGGGAUGCUGGGGAGCAACCUCAAGAGCCUUCCCGAUGUGGAGCUGGGCGAGGAGGAGCGCGGCUUUCGGCGGGGCCCCGACGGCAGCACCGUGAUGCCGAAGCGGGCGAAGGCGGCGGCGGCGGCCGCGGGGCCGCGGGGCGCGGAGCUGCGGGUCUUCAAAGCGAGCAGCGCGGAGGGGCGGCUGCCGGCCGGCUCCAACCUGCGCAAGCAGAAGUCUCUCACCAACCUCGCCUUCCUCACCGACGCCGAGAAGAAGCGGCAGCUCUAUGAGCCUCGCUGGAGCGACGACAUGGCCAAGGCGGCAGCGCCGGGGGCGGCGGCGGCGGGGGGCGGCGGGCGCGGCGGCCCCCGCGGGCGGGACGCGCCCGCCAUGUCGCGGAGCCUGUCCCGCUCCGAGCACUCGCUGUUGUCGCCGCGCCCCGCCGGCCCCGCCAAGCCGCCGCCCGCCGGGAAGCCGAGCCGCAUCCCCCGCGGGCCCUACGCCGAGGUGAAGCCCCUCAGCAAGGCCCCCGAGGCGGGCGGCGGCGGCGGCGGCAAGUGCGACGAUGAGUUGCUGGGCGGGAAGGGCCCGGCGGUGGCGGCGGGCACCGAGGAGAAGCCGUACCUGAAGGUGGACCCCGAGCUGGUGGUGACGGUGCUGGGCGACCUGGAGCAGCUGCUCUUCAGCCAAAUGCUGGACCCCGAGUCCCAGAGGAAGAGGACAGUGCAGAAUGUACUGGACCUACGUCAGAACCUGGAGGAGACCAUGUCCAGCCUAAGGGGCUCUCAGGUGUCUCACAGCUCCCUCGAGAUGACCUGCUAUGACAGCGACGAAGCCAACGCACGGAGCGUCUCCAGCCUCUCCAACCGCUCCUCCCCUUUGUCCUGGCGCUACGGGCAGUCCAGCCCCCGCCUGCAGGCCGGGGAUGCACCAUCGGUUGGGGGCACGUGCCGCUCUGAGGGCACCCCGAGCUGGUACAUGCACGGCGAGCGAGCGCACUACUCGCACACCAUGCCCAUGCGCAGCCCCAGCAAGCUGAGCCACAUCUCCCGCCUGGAGCUGGUCGAGGCGCUGGACACGGACGACGUGGAGCUGAAGUCAGGGUACAUGAGUGACAGUGACCUGAUGGGGAAGACGCUGACCGAGGAUGAUGACAUCACCACGGGCUGGGAUGAGAGCAGCUCCAUCAGCAGUGGUCUCAGCGAUGCCUCUGACAACCUCAGCUCGGAGGAUUUCAAUGCCAGCUCCUCGCUCAACUCCCUGCCCUCCACCCCCACUGCCUCGCGCAGGAACUCGGCCAUAGCGCUGCGCACGGACUCGGAGAAGCGCUCACUGGCAGAGAGCGGACUCAGCUGGUACGGUGAAGGUGAGGAGAAGGCACCCAAGAAGUUGGAUUACGACAGCAGCAGCCUCAAGAUGGAGCAUGGCUCCUCCAAGUGGCGGCGGGAGCCCUCAGAGGGCAGCGAGGAGGGGCCCAAGGGUGGUGAGCUGAAGAAGCCUGUCAGCCUGGGCACCCCGGGCUCCCUCAAGAAGGGCAAGACUCCUCCAGUGGCUGUGACCUCCCCCAUCACCCACACAGCCCAGAGCACCCUCAAAGUGGCAGGCAAGCCAGAGACCAAAGUCACUGACAAGAGCAAGCUGUCGGUGAAGAACACAGGCCUGCAGCGCUCCUCCUCCGACGCCGGCCGUGACCGCACCACCGAUGCCAAGAAGCCGCCGUCAGGGCUUGCACGCCCCUCAUCCUCCAGCUCCUUCGGCUACAAGAAACCAGCUCCUGCCACUGGCACAGCCACUGUCAUGCAGGCUGGGGGCUCAGCCACCCUUGGCAAGAUCCAGAAGAGCUCUGGAAUCCCUGUUAAGCCAGUCAGUGGGAGGAAAACAAGCCUCGAUGUCUCCAAUGCCCCUGAGCCUGGGUUCCUGGCACCAGGGGCUCGCUCCAACAUCCAGUACCGCAGCCUGCCCCGGCCAGCCAAGUCCAGCUCCAUGAGUGUGACCGGGGGCCGCAGCACAGCCCGGCCGGUCAGCAGCAGCAUUGACCCCAGCCUGCUGAGCACCAAGGGUGGCAUCUCGGUGUCACGGCUCAAGGAGCCAUCUAAGGUUGGCACUGGCCGUGGCACACCGGCUCCUGUGAACCAGACAGACCGUGAGAAGGAGAAGGCCAAGGCCAAGGCAGUGGCACUUGACUCGGAGUGCAGCACCCUGAAAAGUGCCAGCUCACCUGAGAGCACCCCGAAAGCGCAGGCCAACCUCCCACCAGCAGCCAAGGUGGCCGAGCUGCCCCCUACACCUCUCAGAGCGGCUGCCAAGACCUACGUGAAGCCUCCCUCGCUGGCCAACUUGGACAAGGUCAACUCCAACAGCCUGGACUUGCCCUCCUCCAGCGAGCUGCACACCCCACACACUGCCAAGCUCCAGGAUCUGCACCCAGCCAGUGGGCACCUCGCUCCCUGCUUCAGCCCCAGCCCUGCCCCCAUCCUCAACAUCAACUCAGCGAGCUUCUCCCAGGGCCUGGAGCUCAUGGGUGGUUUCAGUGUCCCCAAGGAGGGCAGGAUGUAUCCCAAGCUCUCUGGCCUUCACCGCAGCAUGGAAUCCCUGCAGAUGCCCAUGAGUCUGCCCAGUGCCUUUUCAGGGGGCAGCACCACCACCCCUGCCCCUGCUGCUGCACCCCCUGCCAGCACAGAGGAGGAAGAGGAAGAAGAAGAGGCAGGAGAGCUGGGCUGGAGUGGGAGUCCCCGGCUCACACAUCUGGACAGUGCCAACCGUGACAGGAACACGCUGCCCAAGAAGGGGUUGAGGUACCAGCUCCACUCCCAGGAGGAGGCCAAGGAGCGGCGCCACUCACACGCAGUCAGCGGGCUCCCCGAGUCGGACGAGCAGCAGGAGCUGCCCUCGCCCCCCGCCCUCCCCAUGGCGCUGGUCGGGAAGGGUCCGCUCACCAGCAUUGUGAGCCCCACUGCCACCACAGCCCCACGGAUCACCCGCUCCAACAGCAUCCCCACCCACGACUCCACCUUCGAGCUGUACAGCACCUCCCAGAUGGGCAGCACCCUCUCCCUGGCCGACAAGCCCAAGGGCAUGAUCCGCUCGGGCUCUUUCCGGGACCCUGUGGACGAUGUUCAUGGAUCGGUGCUGUCCCUGGCCUCCAGCGCGUCCUCCACCUACUCCUCCCAAAUCCGCAAGCUGCGCCGCGAGCUGGAGUCCUCGCAGGAGAAGGUGGCCACGCUGACAUCCCAGCUCUCCGCUAACGCCAACCUGGUGGCUGCCUUCGAGCAGAGCCUGGUGAGCAUGACAUCCCGCCUGCGGCACCUGGCUGAGACCGCCGAGGAGAAGGACACGGAGCUGCUGGACCUGCGAGAGACCAUUGACUUCCUGAAGAAGAAGAACUCAGAGGCCCAGGCUGUGAUCCAGGGUGCUCUAAAUGGCACUGAUGUCACCCCCAAAGAGCUGCGCAUCAAGCGGCAGAACUCCUCUGACAGCAUCUCCAGCCUCAACAGCAUCACCAGCCACUCCAGCAUUGGCAGCAGCAAGGAUGCUGAUGCUAAGAAGAAGAAGAAGAAGAGCUGGCUACGCAGCUCUUUUAAUAAAGCCUUCAGCAUCAAGAAGGGCCCCAAAUCAGCAUCAUCCUACUCAGACAUUGAGGAGAUCGCCACGCCAGACUCGUCAGCCCCCUCCUCCCCCAAGCUGCAGCAUGGCUCCACAGAGACUGCCUCACCCUCCAUCAAGUCAUCUACAUCCUCCUCCGUGGGCAUCGACACAGCUGAGCUCUUCCCAGCCCACAGCGAGGGUGAGCCUGAGAAGAAGGAGGUGUCAGAGCUGCGGUCAGAGCUGUGGGAGAAGGAGAUGAAGCUGACAGACAUCCGCCUGGAGGCCCUCAACUCAGCCCACCAGCUGGAGCAGCUGCGGGAGACCAUGCACAACAUGCAGCUGGAGGUGGAUCUCCUGAAGGCAGAGAAUGACCGUCUCAAGGUGGCCCCAGGGCCUUCAGCAGUGCCAGGUUCUGUUCCCAGCCAUAUCACGAGCACAUCGGCCUCCUCUUCACCACGGCGCUCCUUGGGUCUCACCCUUGGCCACGCCUUCAGCCCCAGCUUGGGGGAUGCAGAUGUGUCCCCCAUGGAUGCUGUCAGCGCUGGCACCCAGAAGGAUGAGCUGACACUGCGGAUUGUGGUGCGCAUGCCACCCCAGCACAUCAUCAAGGGUGACCUCAAGCAGCAGGAGUUUUUCUUGGGCUGGACCAAGGUGAGCGGGAAGGUAGACUGGAAGAUGCUGGAUGAGGCUGUCUGCCAGGUCUUCAAGGAUUAUAUCACCAAGAUGGAUCCUGCAUCCACGCUGGGGCUCAGCACUGAGUCUGUCUAUGGCUACAGCAUCAGCCACAUCAAGCGGGUUCUGGACACGGAGCCGCCGGAGCUGCCGCUGUGCCGCCGGGGCCUGACCAGCAUCGUUGUGACGCUCAAAGGCUUGAAAGAGAAGUGCGUGGACAGCCUGGUGUUCGAAACGCUCAUCCCCAAGCCCAUGAUGCAGCACUACAUCAGCCUCCUGCUGAAGCACCGCCGCCUCAUCCUCUCGGGGCCCAGCGGCACCGGCAAGACCUACCUGACCAACCGCCUGGCCGAGUACCUGGUGGAGCGCUCGGGCCGGGACGUCACCGAGGGCAUCGUCAGCACCUUCAACAUGCACCAGCAGUCCUGCAAGGAUCUACAGCUGUACCUGUCCAACCUGGCCAACCAGAUUGACCGGGAGACGGGCACGGCGGAUGUGCCGCUGGUGAUCCUGCUGGAUGACCUCAGUGAGGCGGGCUCCAUCAGCGAGCUCGUCAACGGCGCGCUCACCUGCAAGUACCACAAAUGCCCAUAUAUCAUUGGCACUACCAACCAGCCUGUGAAAAUGACCCCAAACCACGGACUCCAUCUCAGCUUCAGGAUGCUGACCUUCUCCAACAACGUGGAGCCGGCCAACGGCUUCCUGGUGCGCUACCUGCGGCGGAAGCUUCUGGAGUCGGACACGGACGUCAAUGCCAACAAGGAGGAGCUGCUGCGGGUGCUGGACUGGGUGCCCAAGCUCUGGUACCAUUUGCACACCUUUCUGGAAAAACACAGCACAUCCGACUUCCUCAUCGGUCCCUGCUUCUUUCUGUCCUGCCCUAUUGGAAUUGAGGAUUUCCGGACCUGGUUCAUCGACCUGUGGAACAACUCCAUCAUCCCUUACCUUCAGGAGGGGGCGAAAGAUGGGCUCAAGGUCCAUGGGCAGAAGGCAGCCUGGGAGGACCCCGUGGAGUGGGUGCGGGACACCCUGCCCUGGCCAUCAGCGCAGCAGGACCAGUCCAAGCUGUACCACCUGCCCCCACCCACCAUCGGGCCCCACAGCGCCGUGUCCCCCCCUGAGGAGCGCACCGUCAAGGACACCACGCCCAGCUCCCUGGACUCCGACCCCCUGAUGGCCAUGCUGCUCAAGCUCCAGGAAGCCGCCAACUACAUCGAGUCUCCAGACCGUGAGACCAUGGUGGACCCCGACCUGCAGUCGACUCUGUGAGGCCUGGAAGUGCCAGCCCAGGUGGAGGGGAGCUGCUGCUGGGCUGCUCUCCUUUUCCUUUGGCAUCCAGGAGCGUGGGGCUGGCGAGCAAGCGAAAAGGAGAAGAGCAGGGCUCUGGCGUGUCCUGGUGGAGCCUGGGGAAACUUGGCUCAUCUGUGAAAGAGCACGAGUUGCCAUCUCCCCUCCCAACCCUGGGGGUAGGAGAAUCCUGGUUUCUCUUCUUGGUUUUUUCUGUCUCUAUUGCAAACUCUUGGGCUCUGGGUCCAAGGCGAGCGCUGAGGCUGAGCCCUCACUCCUGGGAGCUGCAGGAAGGCCCCUGCGUGGGGCAGGGACCCCGCGGGAGCCACCUGGGCCACAGCUGGGGCACAGGAGGAGCUGAGGCUGCAGGAUGAGCACAUGGGCAUGAAGGGCUCCAGCUCCCUCUGCUGCUGCUGGGCAAAGCCACGAGAGCCUCCAGUGUGGAGUUCACAGCCCGUGCCAGCCAAGGGGAGCGUGGCUCUCGCUGCUCUCUGUGCAUUCCCUGUUCCACCUGCACAGCAGCUGUGUGGCCAGGACAGCCCAAAACCCCCUGCUUUGGUUAUUUUAUUUUGUUUCCCCCCUCCCCUUUUCCUUUGGCCGAGUCCAGACUUUGCUUUGGUCCCUUUUUUUGUUCUGGUUCUUCGCUCUCCUGGCCUGGAGCCUGUGGCCUGGUGCCUACUGCUUCCCUGGCAGCAGUGCCCUUCCCCUUUGGUUUCUUUUGCAGCUGUUGGUUUCACCAUUCAAACCACCUCUGUCACAAAACUGGUGCUUACUGGACAAUCUCCAGUCCCUGAACCCACCUCCUGGGGCUGCACAGGUUGGCUGAGGUGGGACUUGGAGGCCAGUGUGGAGGUGGGUGGCAGCAGGAGGCCCCCAGAGCCUCUCACAUGGCAACUCCCUCCUCCUCAAAGGCACAGGGCAUCGGGCUGGUGUCUCCCACCAGGCUGGGCUAAUACAGGGCAUCCCCUCCCUGAGGUACUGGGGCAUGGGGAGGCUGCUGCUGCUGCCCCAUCCUUGGGCAGCUGGAUGCCAUCCCUGUGCCCUUGGUGAGGGGUCCCAACCAGCCCCCCAUCCCCUUGGUGCUGCCAGGCCUGGGGCUGUGGGUCAAUGAGCCUGGGGUUGCUCCUCAUGCUGCCUGCUCCCCCUGGCCCUGUGCCUUCCUGCAGCCUGGCAGGGUCUGUGUUGGUGCUCUGGGGGCACCUGGGGCUGCCUCCUGGCCUUACCCCGCAUUGUCAAAAGGCAAUCCUGGAAAAAGACUCCAUGGAGAGGAAAAUCCUGGAAAAAGACUCCAUGGAGAGGGUCAGCCCCAGUGCUGCCAUGGUGCCUUAAUCCCUGGCCAUGCGGGGAGGGGGCACUUGGGGCUUGGGAUAAUGCUGUCACAGCCUGCUCCAGCUCCAGUGUCCUCUGUCCUUAAAGCCAGCUUGGCUGGGAUGGAAUGAUGGUGCUGGCACUGUCCAAGCUGGGACAUGCUGUCCCCAGCCAUGGCUCUGGGGUGCCCUGCAGGUCUUCUCCUGUCUUCUCCUGUGCCCACUUGUGCUCUGGGGGCCCCCUCCUGCCCUCCAGAUCAGCCCUCACAUUCAUCUUGGGCCCUGGAGAGACAUACGAGGAGAGGUGACCCCAGGGCCAGAUCAGCUGAGCCCACCCUGUCCCCAAACUCUGCCAGGCUGGGGACUGGGUCACCUCAGCCCCCUGUGCCAUGGCUGGUGUGACCUUCAGGGACCCCUGACACCCCUCUGGAACGGGCAUCUCCUGCAGUGCCCUCGCAGGCUGCUGCCACCUCUGCCCUCGGUGCUGUUGGCCGGUGUGUCCUGCCUCGCCGCCCCAUGGUGCUCACUUCUCCCACUUCUCCGUCUGUCCCACAGCCUCCUGCUGCCUCUGGGGCCGGCCAGCCUGGCCCCUUCCCACGGGGAUCUCUGGGAUCUCCUCCCCAUGCUGGCUUGGGCAUUAGGGCUCUCUGUUUGCCUUCUCUUGUGUUGCUGCCCUCGAGGACUCGCUGUACAUAGAUCCGUCGUGGAACACCCUGUGUGGGUUGGGGGGGCCUGGCCCUGCGCCCUGGCCCUGGUUUUGGGUUUUUUUGUACUCUGUGAUGACUGUGCUGUGCUGACUUCUUUUCUGAUUGUAUGACACUCCAGCCCAGCAGCCACUCGAGGUCAGCAGUGGGGACCCAGCUGUCCCCUCCAGCCCCUCACACCCUCCUUGGGACUCUGGUGCCCAGGGUGGGAAGGGACUGAUGCACCUUUGGGGGCUGUCCUGUGCCCAGGUGCCCUGAGGAGUCCCAUGGGAGGAGGGGCAGCCUUGCCUGAAAUUUCUUUUCUGACACCUCCGGGGACCCACCCAAACCUGGACCAAACUAUCGGGGCUGCCUCUCAUCCCAUCACCUCCGGCUGCUGGGGGUGUGAUCCAGGAGGAACCUCCGAGGGAAGGAGAGGGGCCAUGCCAGCAGGUGGGCCCUGGCAUUGGCAUGGUGGGGCCAGGUCCUGGUGGAUUCCUCCUGGCUUACACCUCAUGUCCCCAAGGCUGGCAGCUGUCUGGGGACCAGCCCCUGGCUGUGGGCUGAGCCCCUCUGUUCCCAGGGAAGGGCUCUGAGGAUUGCACUAACCCAUCCUCCUGCCACCUCCAAGGGUGCCCACCACCCCCAAAGGUGCCUGUCACCCCACAAGGGUCUCUGCCACCUGCAGAGGUGCUGAGUUACCCCCAAAGGUGCACACAGUCCCUGGGAGUCCCCCUGAGGGGCUGGAGGUGGGCGAUGCAGCGCCUCACCCUCCUGCCCCCUCGAGCUGCUGCUGCCUGGUGGCCUGAACCUUACAAUUUUAGCUUUUUUCUAUUAAACACAAACAACCUUUUUUUAAUUAAAUAAAAGAUGAAAUGGACAAAUUCCUGUUCUAGAUUAUCUGUGUAAUUGACUGAGUUUUGUGUUUCUUAACUGCAUGGUAUUCCUGCCAAGGGGUUUUAUAGCACUUUUUAAAUUUCUCUUUAAGAUUUUGGUCCAGAUUUCUACUGCUCUAGCCUGUCUGUUUUUGCUUUUUUUCCUUGCAACCUCCACGUUUGUAAACUCGCUCCAUUUUAUACCUGAUGUUGAGACCCAGCCCCACGUUGUACAUAGCUGCGGGAACAAUCAUAGGGAACAAACAAACACCAUCUGGACUCUUUCCACGAUUAGUUGUUUUUACUUCAAAGAAAUUUUAAAAGGAACAUAAAAGGAAGCCAGGAAAAGGCUUGAGGAUAUUCUGAAAAGACAGAAACAAAUCCAGCCCUGCACCAAGUCAGCUCCUGCUGCCCACACUGCCCGCACCAACUGGCAUGUCUCUUCUCAGUCGUCUGUCUAACACCAUUGGAUUCAAUAAAGUGAUCUCCUGUACUGUC